AUGAGGCUGGAAAGGUAUGUCAGACUUAUUCAGGAGAUGUACAGGAAUGUGUAUACUAGAGUGAGAAGCAGUGUUGGAGAUACAGAUGGAUUUGAGAUAGUUGGAUUACACCAAGGGUUGGCUCUAAGCCCAUUCAUCUUCAACAUCGUGAUGGAUGCAAUGACCAAGGAUGUUAGAGAAGCAGUGCCAUGGUGCAUUUUAAUUGCAGAUGAGAUUGUGAUGUGUUCAGUGGGGAGGGAGGAGUUGGAGGGGAGGUUGGAGAGGUGGAUGGCAGCACUUGAGGAGAGGGGAAUGAGAAUAAGCAGAUCAAAUACCGAAUAUAUGUAUUCCAGUAUUACUGAGGAUGGUGGAAAUAGCAUAAGAUUGGGUAGGGAAGUAAUAAAGAGAGUACAGAAGUUCAAGUACUUGGGCUCCAUAUUAGAGGAUAGUGGAAGCAUGGACCAGGAGAUGAGACAUCGAAUUCAGGCAGGAUGGAAUAACUGGACGUCUUCAUCAGGGGUCCUCUGUGACAAGAAGGUUCCUCUGAAACUGAAGGUAAAGUUUCAUAGGAUGGUGGUCAGACCAGCAAUGUCAUAUGGAACAGAAACAGCAAGUAUGAGGAAAACAGAGGAGGAGAAGAUGGAUGUAGCAGAAAUGAGAAUGUUGAGAUUGAUGUCGGCAGUAACAAGGGGAGAUAAGAUUAGAAAUGAGCAUAUAAGAGGGUCAACAAAGACUCGUCUCAUCUCGCUUCUCUCCCCGUUAUUCCGGGAAGAAGAAGAAGAAAAAGAAGAAGAAGAAGAUGAAGAAGAAGAAGAAGAAGUAGAAGAAGAAGAAUAG